AUGGAGGAAGACCGUCUGGGAAUGCGUAUUCAGUCUGAAACUAUAGAAGUCAAAAAAGAUGAAAGAGGGUUAGUGGGUAUAACCAUUGGUGGUGGUUAUCCAUGCUGUCCAUGUGUUUAUGUUGUCCAAAUAAUCGAUGAAUCCUCCGCAGCUACAGAUGGCAGAAUAAGAUGUGGAGAUGAAAUUGUUGCAAUUAACGGAAUCAAUGUCAAAGGUGAGAAGAAGCAGUCUGUUGCUUCUCUAAUUCAAUGUAGUACCAACCCUGUUAAGAUAACAAUCAAUAAAUUGGAAGCUGACUCUGCAAAAGGGAAAACGGUUGAUAUAAUGCUUAAGAAAGUGAAACACAAAAUUGUUGAAUUCAUGGAUGCUGAUUCCGCUGAUGCCCUAGGCUUAUCACGAGCUAUCUUAUGUAAUGAUCCCCUUCUGAAGAAAAUGAAGAUACUGGAGAACAAUGCAGACUUGUACAGAAAUCUUAUAACUUUCUUCACAGAUUUGAUAUAUUAUCAAGAUAAGUUGAACGGAUGUCAGAAAGUUUUUGGUGAUGUCUUCUGUGAACUAGCAGCUCAUGAAGCCCAGCAAAAUGCUAAUGAAGUUUUCUCUGUGUUCGGAGAUGUACAUAGACAAAUUGAGAAAAGACAGAGCGAAACGAUAAAACAGUUACGUCCAAUGGUUGCUGAUUUGGAAACAUACGUUAACAAAGUUAUUCCUGACACUCAGUUAACAGUGAAAAAAUACUUGGAUGUAAAAUAUGAAUACCUAUCCUAUUGUUUGAAGCUUAAAGAGUUAGAUGACGAAGAAGCAGAGUUUCAAAGCGUGGAAGAACCAUUGUACCGUGUUGAAACAGGGAAUUAUGAAUAUCGAUUGAUGCUUCGAUGCCGUCAGGAAACGCGUCAGAAGUUUAUCCAAAUGCGCAACGAUGUUAUUGUCAAAAUCGAACUCUUAGAUCAGAAACAUGUUCGAGAUAUUGCUACUCACUUAACUAGUUUUGCAAACAUAAUGAAAUCGUGCCAAGGAGAUUGUUCAAAAAUAUUAGAAAAAACAGUCAUGUCACCUAUUGAAAUUGACUUGACAAAGGUCUAUGUUCAUCAGCAGAAAACAAUUGCGACGUCAGAAGAGCCCGUUGAGUUCGUAGAAGAAGCUGUGGAAGCUGAUUUGAGUUCUGACCUGAACGUCCAGUUGCUCACACUUGAUGAUGAACCUCUGAACUGUGUAACUACCGAUUCUACUUUCACUGAGCCUAUAUCAUUCCCCCAGGCCGCUGGACCUAACGAUACUUUUGAUCUUAUAGAUAUAGGAUAG